AUGGGUUGUGGGGAAAACACAUUCAUGAGAGAGAGAGAGAGAGAGGAUGACAAAAAUGGGACUUCGCCUACCCCUUUACGUGGUAUAUUUAACCUUAUAAUUGAAUUGGCUGGAACGAAAGUGAACCACAAACAAGAGCUAGCAUUAGGACCUUACAUGUUAAAUCCUUCAAUUUGCGUGAUCUGGGAGAUGACAGAGAUCCAUUAUUUUGGAUCUUUCGGAUGCUCUGAUUGUAGUUGCGUGAUAUGGGAGAUGACAGAGAUCCAAGAACAAAAAUUGAAAUUCAUCGGCAUCCUAGAAUUCAUCAGAAAAUGGGAAAAAUAUCUGAACUCAAUAACACUUCUUAAAUUCACCAAUAGGGUGUUAGUUGGAUUGGCUCAAGCCUUUGGUGUACUCCCGAGUGAUCCUGAGUUCAAACCUUAUGGUACCGAUGUAUGUGAAUUUCACCCCUUCUCCUUCCUUAAAUGA